AUGCAGUUGCAUACUUUGCGUCGUGACAAUGCGAGCAUUGAAUUUUAUAUACAGAAGGCAAAAGGAAUUGUGGAUAGACUAGCUGCGCUACAACAUCCGAUUUCCAAUGAUGAUUUGGUUGAAUUUGUUCUUGUUGGAAUAGGUCAUCAACAACUAAAAAGAGAUGAGACCAUUAAUGUCAUUGCACCCACAGCCCACUUUACUAAGAGUUCCUUUUCUAGCACUCAAGGACGUGGUAGAGGACGAGGAGGGCGUGGUCGUGGAUGCUCCUCCAACCAAGAGUUCACCCAACAGAACUCUUAUCAUAGUUCUCCAGCAUAUAAACAGUUUCCAAAGGCACAACUACAAGUUUCAGAAUUUUCAGGGAUUAUUUAUCAUAAUUGUGAAGGUAAAGGCCACAUUGCACGUGUAUGCCCAUCACCUAAAGCCAAUAGUGGCAGCAUGGUGAAUGGUCGACCUAUUUCCAAUUUUGCUGGUUCUCCAAACCCACCUACCCAAACUUGGUUGAUGGAUAGUGGCAUCACACAUCAUAUCACUAUAGACCUUGAUAAUCUAGGUAUCCACUCUGAAUACCAAGGUCCUGAAGAAGUGACACUAGGAAAUGGCUCCAAAUUACCCAUCUCUCAUGUUGGUAAAAGUUUUGUUAUUGUCUCCAAUAAUAAAUUCAAUCUUGAUAAUAUUUUACAUGUUCCCACUGCUACUCACAAUCUAUUAUCAUAUAGCUCUUUUGCCAAGUCUAAUAAUGUGUCUGUUGAAUUAUUUCCUAACCAUUUUUGA